AUGUCUGUAAACCCUUCCCUCCACCUCGCCGAAUACCUGGAGAGGCUGCCUGGUACGACGUUCAAGAAAUUGUACCAGCAGCCCUCUACAACGUUUGCUAUUUUUCGGCGCAUGCUGCCGCAUCUAGCAAAAACAUUUGUCAUGAGAAUGCUUUUUCUUCCCCAUCCGAUGACUCUCACAGAUCUAGACGCAUGGGUGAAGCCAGAAGCCAAACGGAAGAAAGACCAGUCCCUCUCCAUCCUGCGAAGCCUUCACAUUGUCCAAAUAUCCGCCCCGUCAAAAGAGAAGCCGCAGGAGAUUCAGCUCAUGUCCAAUUUCAAGAAGUCUCUACGGCUAGCCCUCACUGGCGGUGGAAAUCACAAUUCCUUUGGCGUGCCUUCUUCCCUUCUCGUCCCACCCGAGAUCGACUUGCCGUUCCUCGAUCGAUAUGCACGUAAGAAGUGGGAGGAUGUGCUACAUUUCGUUGUAUCUAGUGUCGGUUACAAGAGCAGCGUGGGCGACGGCUCUGGACCGAAUAAGGGCGUGAAGGAGCUUCUCAUCGCGGGGCGGUUAGUUGACAGGCGGCCGAAUGGAAGCCUGGGCAUCACGCAGGCUGGCUUCACUUUUUUGCUGCAGGAGGCAAACGCGCAGGUCUGGACGUUACUUUUGCUGUGGCUGGAGGUACUGGGCAAUAACAAGGGCUCUGGGCUGGAUCCGGUCGACAUGCUUUCGUUCCUCUUCAUGCUUGCUAGUCUAGAGCUAGGGAGGGCGUACGAUACGAAUGCGCUGACCGAAGAGCGACGGAAUAUGCUUCCUUCUCUCGUCGAUUUCGGCCUUAUUUAUAUCCCCCAGCAUAAGCGCUCCAUGUUCUUCCCAACCCGACUGGCAACAACCCUGACGAGUGGAGGGAACAGUUUACGGACAAUCAGCGAGGGCGUCACAGCUGCUACUCAAUCAGCCCAGACUUCACAACAGGCCCUUGGUCCUCUGGGUGGCAGCGGCGGCGAGCAGGCUGGAAGCGUCGUCAUUGAGACCAACUAUCGCCUUUAUGCCUACACCCAGUCCGCCCUGCAAAUUGCCGUCCUCGCCCUCUUCGCCAAGCUUAACAUGCGAUUCCCCGACAUGGUGGCCGGGCGCCUCUCCCGCGCAUCUAUCCGCCAGGCCAUCAACUUUGGCAUCACGGCCGACCAAAUCAUAUCCUACCUUGCCGCUCACGCCCACGAGCAGAUGCACCGCACCGCUGCGCUGACCAACAAACCCGUAUUGCCCCCUACCGUCGUCGACCAGAUCCGCUUGUGGCAGCUCGAAAACGAGAGGAUGAAGACGACGAGCGGGUUCCUGUUUCGGGAUUUCACCGAUGAUAAGGACUAUCUCGAUACAGCACGUUUCUCUGAAGAAAUUGGGGUUCUAGUUUGGAAGAAUGACCAUGCGCGGAUGUUCUUUGCCAAUAAGCAUGAACAGAUUAAGGAUUUCUUAAAGACAAGGAAGAGAGCAGAGUGA